CACACCUCACUCUCAUCCCACAGCCAAUAAGGGCCUGAUGAGCUCAAGUAUCAAUAUAACACAAGGACUUAUUCUCUGAGCGGAGGCUGAAGAUUCUUACAGACCUCGAUCUUCAUCGUCGGAGGACCUUCUCUUCCUCUCUGAGGCGUGAAGUCUGCUGUCACCAUGUCUGACACUGAGGAACUGGAUCAGGUCGAGGACGAAGAAGCCCAGGAGGAGGUAGUAGAAGUAGAAGUAGCCCCUGAGGCGGAGGCCCAGGUAGAAGCAGAGCCAGAGGUAGAGCCUGAACCAGAACCAGAGCCAGAGCCACAGGAGGUGGUGCAGCAGGUGGUUCAUGAGGAGGAAGACGCCUACGAAGAAGAAGGGGAGGAGGGAGAUCAAGAUGAGGAGAAGCCUAAGUUCAAACCCAGUGCUCCAAAGAUCCCUGAUGGCGAGAAAGUGGACUUUGAUGACAUCCACAAGAAACGUCAAAACAAAGACUUGAUGGAGCUGCAGUCACUGAUCGACGCUCAUUUCGAGUGCAGGAAGAAGGAAGAGGAGGAGCUCAUUGCACUCAAAGGAAGAAUUGAGAAGCGUCGCGCUGAGCGUGCCGAGCAGCAGAGGAUUCGUUCGGAUAAAGAUAAAGAGCGGCAGGCAAGGCGGGAGGCUGAGCGACAGAGAAAGGAGGAGGCUGAUGCCCACAGGAAGGCUGAGGAUGAUGCCAAGAAGAAGAUCGCGCUGAGCAACAUGGGAUCAGGCUUCAGCAGCAGCCUGCAGAGGGUUGAACAUAAGAGAGGCAAGAAGCAGACUGAAAGAGAAAAGAAGAAGAAGAUUAUGGCAGAAAGAUGCAAACCUCUCAACAUUGACAAUUUCAGCGAGGACAAACUGAGGGAAAAGGCAAAGGAGCUGUGGGAGUGGCUGCACAACCUGGAGGCAAUUAAAUACGACCACGGCGAGGCACUCAAGAGACAGAGAUAUGAGGUGAUCUCUCUAAGAAACCGCAUCGACGAGCUUCAGAAACACAGCAAGAAGGGAGCCGCUUCACGCCGCAGGAAGUGAGCGGCUCCUGAGUGACGGUCAGCCCGGACACGAGGCGCGUCCUCUCGGCUACAGUAGCUGCUCAGACCCCGUAGACACCCGCAGCUCCGGAACAAUGGCAACAAAUGGCAACAGUCUUACCGCCUGUGGCUGCUUGAGUGAAAUGGUUUUCUGGAUGAAUUUAGCUCCAACAAAUGUUAUUAAAAGAUUCAGAGAAUAAAAUGAAAGAAUUAUUAACCCUCCA